CAUAUUUUAAUUGCCAACGAUAUUGCCGUUAGUGUAGUCGCAGUGUAAAUAUCACCUUGUCUACCUCUAUGUAAACUGACUUGGAAGCACUGUCAGCAGCAGAUGACUUUGGCGCCAUUCUUGACAGUUUAUUUACAUUCACCUCUUGCAAAAACACAACAAUUACGAUUGGGGAAACAUAACUGUAAUUGAAGGGGAUUUUUUGAAACGCACUUACAUUGUCAAGAUUUAAUAUUGCUGUGAAUAAAAUUAGUUUUGCAAUAACUUGGUUAAAAUGGAUCAAUAUCCCGAUGAGGAUGAAGAAUUUGAGCUCCGUUAUCAGGAGGAAUUGGAAAUGUUGGACGAUGUGCCCCCUGAAGGCGAAGAACUCUUUGUACCCAACACAACUUUAAAUCACAAUAACACUAUUAAUUCCGUUAAUGCAAUCGACGCCAUUGAUUCGCCUCACCUUUCACAAAUUUCCAACAUUGGAGUCAGUAAUAGUUCAGGUGGCCUCGUGAAUAGACGUCUUUUUGGAACACCCGGUGGACCACAUAAACGCAUCGCUUCAACUCCACUAGCCACAAAUAAACCGCGUGCUGCUCUAGCGCCUAUAGAAGAAGUAGUUUCUUUGACGCCAUUGCCAGAAUGUGAACCUUUGGAAGAAGUGAAUGAUGCGGCAGUCGAACUACAAGGAAUGGGACUGCGUAAUAAAAGACGUCUGGAACGUGAUCUCUUCGGUGACAUAGAUGAUUUGUUUCAAAAUGAAACAUACGAAGAUCCAAUUGCAAAGAAAGCACGCACGGAGGAAGAACGUGAUUUGGAAAUGAUUGAAAAAAUUGUAGAAACACGUCGGCGUUUGCAAGAAAAUAAUAAGGCGGUACGGAAGGAUGACCUUUCGCGUCUAAAGGCAUUGCAUGAAUUUAAAAUGCGCAAUUUGUCAUACACGGUACCUCAAUGGCCAUUCCAAGUGUUGAAAAGAGGUGAUCACGAACGUGUUUUCGUUCGUUUUCAUUCGGAGGAAUAUGAGAAUCGUGCGUUGGAGGAUGUGCGUGCCUUGUCGCACUUUGAUGGCUUAUUGGGCGAGAACAAACAACGUAUAUGGGCAGAGGCAAAUGAUAUUGUUUUGAAGCGCGCUAGUACACCAUCGCAACAACUACAAGAAAAUGCGCAGCAGCAAACUCCUGCAGUUUCAACAGAUCAACAAUCAAGUGAAGAAGAACAAUUGUGGGUGGAAAAAUAUAAACCACGAAAAUACAUAGAUCUGCUGUCGGAUGAGGCGACUAAUCGGAGUUUACUGUAUUGGCUGAAAAUGUGGGACAAAAUAGUGUUUGGCAGGGAAUUCAAAAAGAAGCAUGAAUAUAAUCCUAAUAGUACUGGCAAUGGUUUGAAUACAUUUAAUAAACGAACUGGCAAGUUUGAAUCGAAUGGGGGUUGGCGGAAAAGAAAAUUUCAAUCCAUGUUGGAUACAAAUUUGGAUGAGCAUGGACGACCGAUGCAAAAAGUGGCCUUACUAUGCGGACCGCCUGGUUUAGGUAAAACGACGCUGGCGCAUACAAUUGCACGACACGCUGGUUAUGCUGUGCGGGAAAUAAAUGCCUCAGAUGAUCGUAGUCCUGAAGCCUUCAAGCAAGCGCUGGAGAGUGGAACACAAAUGUCGUCGGUACUAAAUGAAGAUCGACGUCCAAAUUGUAUUGUGCUGGAUGAAAUCGAUGGCGCACCACGUCAAUCAAUAGAAUUUCUGGUCAAAUUCGUGAGCGACAAUGCGAUAAACAAGGCACGAGCGAAAGGUAAAGGUGGCAAACCAGAACGUAAUAUACUAAAACGUCCAAUCAUUUGUAUUUGUAACGAUAUCUACGAACCAGCGUUGCGACCGCUGCGGCAAAUUGCCUUUGUGGUAACAUUUCCACCCAUCGAAACAACGAGAUUAACAGAAAGGCUACUUCAGAUAGCGCAGAGAGAACGGCUAAAAACUGAUUUCGGUGCAUUGUAUGCCAUGUCGGAGAAGUCUGGGAAUGAUGUACGCUGCUGCAUAUCAACAUUACAAUUUUUUAAUGCGCAGAAGAAAGCGUUGACGCUGCAAGAUGUACUUAACGCCAAUUUGGGACAAAAGGAUCGUCAACAAGGAUUGUUCGAUGUUUGGGGUGCAGUUUUUAGGAUACAACGCCCCCGCAAGCAGUUGGGGAAAUCGAAACACCUUGAUAAUACAGAGGAUGUUGAAAUCACCAUGACAGAUAUGUCGACUAGUACACGUGUGCGCAACAUUUUGGAUGUGGUGCAUGGCGGCGGUGAUUAUGAACGUCUUACACAAGGUGUCUUUGAAAAUUAUUUACAUCAGAAAAUGCCUGAUCCCAAUUUGACUGCAGUUGUAGAGGCAACAAAAUGGUUCAGCUUCAGCGAUACCGUGCAACAUCAGAUAAAUCACUUACAGAAUUAUACAGUCUACCCUUAUUUGCAAUUUGGAUUUGCGGCGUGGCACUUGAUGUUUGCAACACUUGCAUGGCCGAAAAUAAAUUUCCCUUCCAAAGGCUUCGAGUUCAGACAGAAGAGCACCACACAAAGCAAUAUUUUUCAAGCUUUUCGCAAGGGUAUUACAACGGGCAUGAAUGGUCUCGGACAGGGUCAUGUCGUUCUGGUGGAUACUGUGCCGUUACUCAAGCGCAUAUUAUCGCCACAAUUUCGUUCGGUCGCUGUGCAAUUGCUAUCGCAAAGAGAACGCGAUGAUCUCUAUCACACCGUCACCGUUAUGGCCGAUCUCGGUUUGACCUAUACACAAGUGAAGGCAGCGGAGGGUUCUUAUGUCUAUCAGAUGGAGCCCGAUUUGGAUGCUUUGGCACAGUUUCCAGGUUAUCCCGGCAUCGCAUUGAACUACUUCAGCCGACAGUUGGUGGCACGUGAGGUCGAACUGGAGCGCAUAAGACGUUCCACGCCACGUUUAGCCGCGGAAACAAAUGGAAAGUCAGCCACUAAAAACCCACCAGCAGCUGCGCAGGAUACCACGAAAAAUCUACCAAAUCAUCUGCAGCGGCUAAAGGCCAAGCAAAUCGAAAAUAAAAAUGCAAAUGCCAAGAAAGAUGCGAUUUCGAAGGAUUUCUUUGGUCGUAUACAGCACCGAACGGUCGGAGGGCAACGGGAUGAUUGUAAAACCGAUGCAAUCGUCAAAAGCCCCAUUUGGUAUCGCUACAAGGAGGGUUUCAACAACGCCGUUCGCAAGGAUAUCCAUAUGCAUGAGCUGAUGUAGCUGCUGUGCUAACUGUAUAUUUAAAAAAACAAAUUUUGACUCUAAUUUUGUAUAAUUUAGCUUUAAUUUUAAGCCGUAUGCAUGUAUUUUAUUAUAUUUAAGCGUUUUAUGUAAAAAUACAAUAAAUUUUCUAUGCAAAAUACCCAAAA